AUGCCGCCGUACGUCCUUCGCACAGCGCUCCUCGGCGCCCGCUGCGCUUCUCGCAGCCGCCUCCUUCAAUUGCAGAAACGCCAUACUUACAGACUGCUCAGCACACUGCCGUGCUUCUCGCUCGAGGGCAAGACCUGCAUUGGCGACGCCUCACAAGGCCUCGGCAAAGAGAUGCUGACCGCAUUCGCGUGCUCGGGCGCCCACGGCGCAGUCGUGGACCUCUCACUGACGAGCGCGAACGCCUCGAUCAAAGAGAUCAAUGCCGAAGUGCAGCAGUCCGCCAACCUUCCGGCCGCCAACCUGCGCGGCUACGAGUGCGACACGGGCAACGAGGCGGCGGUCAAAGCAACGUUCAAGCGCAUUGUCGACGACUUUGGCACCGUGGACGUGCUGGUCACGAAUGCGGGGAUCACGGGCGGCGCGCCUGCUGAAGAUUACCCGUUUGAGGACUGGCAGAAGAUGCUGCAGGUUAAUCUCAACGGCACGUUUUUGUUUGCGAGGGAGGCGGGGAAGUUCAUGAUUGAGAAGGGGGUUAAGGGGUCUAUUAUUAUGAUUUCCUCUAUGUCGGGCACGAUUGUGAAUCGUCCCCAGAAGCAGAGCGCGUAUAACACGUCCAAAGCCGCAACAGCGCACCUCAUGAAGUCGCUCGCCGCCGAAUGGGCACCGCACGGCAUCCGCGUCAACUGCCUCGCGCCAGGCUACAUCCAGACGACAGUCAACGAGGGCGCGGAGAUGGAGAAGCUCAGCAAAGAGUGGAUUCCGCAUAUUCCGCUGGCGCGCAUCGCCAAGCCAGAGGAGUUCAGGGGCACGGCUGUUUACAUGGCGAGUGAUGCUAGCAGCUACCUCACUGGCGCGCAGAUUAUUGUUGAUGGCGGGUAUACGAUUCUUUAG